AUGUCUACAGCAACGAAUUGCUUUGCUGAGGAACAUAAGCUUGGAGAGGGAGGAUUUGGUGGGGUUUUUAAAGGUUUCUUGAGGGAAUUGAAUUCCUACAUUACCGUGAAGAGGAUAUCAAAGGGAUCAAAACAAGGAAUAAAAGAGUACGCAUCCGAUGUGAAGAUCAUUAGUUGGUUGAGACAUAGAAAUUUGGUGCAAUUACUUGGUUGGUGUCAUGACAAAAGAGAACUCCGACUUGUUUAUGAGUUCAUGGAAAAUGGAAGCUUAGAUUACCAUCUGUACAAAGAAAAAAGCUUGUUGACAUGGGCAAUGAGGUAUGAAAUUGCUCAAGGCCUAGCUUCGGCAUUGCUCUAUUUACAUGAAGAGUGGGAACAAUGUGUGGUGCACAGGGAUGUAAAAUCAAGCAAUGUCAUGUUAGAUUCAAAUUUCAAUGCUAAACUUGGGGAUUUUGGAUUAGCUAGGCUUGUCGACCAUGGAAAAGACUCUCAAACAAAUAUUUUGGCAGGAACUAGGGGCUACAUGGCACCAGAAUGCCUAAUCACAGGUAAAGUGAAUAAGGAAUCAGAUGUUUACAGUUUUGGAGUUGUGGCAUUGGAGAUAGCUUGUGGAAGAAAACCUAUCGAUCUGGAGGUUCCAAAAAAUCAAAUGAGAAUGGUGGAGUGGGUUUGGGACCUCUAUGGUACUGAUAGGCUUCUUGAAGCUGCAAUAGAUCCCAAGAUAUGCCCAAAUUUUGUUAAGGAAGAAAUGGAAUGCUUGAUGAUUGUUGGGCUUUAG